CACGCCGGAGCCGGAGCCUCUGGCCCGGGGCGAAGCGGCGGCGGCGGUGGCGGCGGCAGCAUCUCCCCCGACGGUCGCCAGCUGCCUGCCCGCCGCUGCCGCCGCGGCCCGCAAGAAACUUCUGCAGAAGUGGCGCGCCUGCCCCGCCGCCGCCGCCAGCAGCAGCAGCAGAAACGGCUCCUCGUCGCCUGCGCCCCGGAGCGUGGGCGCCAAGCGGCUCCCGCACGCCCUCAUCGUGGGCGUCAAGAAAGGCGGCACCCGCGCCGUCCUGGAGUUCAUCCGCGGCCACCCGGCGGUGCGCGCCCUCGGCACCGAGCCCCACUUCUUCGACAGGCACUAUGAGCGGGGCCUGGAGUGGUACAGGCGCUUGAUGCCCCGGACGCUGGAGAGCCAGAUCACCAUGGAGAAAACUCCCAGCUACUUUGUCACCCAAGAAGCCCCCCAACGGAUCUUCAACAUGUCACGGGACACCAAGCUGAUUGUGGUGGUGAGGAACCCCGUCACCAGGGCCAUCUCAGACUACACCCAGACGCUCUCCAAGAAGCCCGACAUCCCCACCUUUGAGGGGCUCUCCUUCUGCAACCGCAGCCUGGGCCUGGUGGACACCUCCUGGAGCGCCAUCCGCAUCGGCCUCUACGCGCUGCACCUGGAGAGUUGGCUCCAGUACUUCCCACUGUCCCAGAUCCACUUUGUCAGCGGGGAGCGACUCAUCACGGACCCCGCGGGGGAGAUGGGCAAGAUCCAAGACUUCCUGGGCAUCAGGCGGGUGAUCACGGAGAAGCACUUCUACUUCAACAAGACCAAAGGCUUCCCUUGCCUGAAGAAGACUGAGAGGGGCGGCUUGCCACGCUGCUUGGGGAAAUCCAAAGGCAGGACUCACGUUCAGAUUGACCCAGACGUGAUAGAGCAGCUGCGGGACUUCUACCACCCUUACAACGUCAAAUUCUACGAGACGGUCGGCCAGGACUUCCGAUGGGAAUGAGCACCUCAGCAUGGGGCCAGCGUGCACAGUGCCGCCUGGCCGGCCUCAGUCUUCCCAGAGGCCGUGGCUGCUGAGGAAAGCGCCUUCCACCCCCUUGGCUGGCUGCCUUGGCGUUCCCGUUGGCACAUAUGGAAGGCUGGCCGGGGCAAACGUCUCAAAAUGCCAUGUGGGCCCCCCAAGGCCACUGGGUUGCUGCCCCCACUGCCAGGCCUCCUGCUUGCUUGUUUGUUCGUUGCACGUGGGCAGCUUGGGGUGGGCAAGAAGGUCCCUUCGCUUCAUUUUCUGUGGUGCAAUCAGGGUAUGUGAUGCCCAA